GUGGGUCUGUCUACAAACUGCCUGAAUGAAAACACAGAAUCGACGCAGCUCUACGUGAAGCAGUGUGGUGAAGAGAAGGAUAAAUUUACAACCUUGUUCUGCGAGUUAUUGUCACAGUUUACAGGUGCGAAUAUGUAACACCUUGUAUCAGGUGCAUUUUAACGUCUGUUGCUGUUGUUAUGGUUGAAGUGAGUGUUGUGUUUCAUUGAUGACGGCCUGUUUAGCAGCGAGCUAACGACGUUAUGAUGCGUCAAACAGUUGCGCGUCAUGGAAUCACAUUUCCAGAAACUUCUGACCUCCGACCAUAGGCAUGUUUUAUAAAGCUGGAUGGAUAUUAUUGCUUAACUAGUGAUAAUGUGGGCUAUAUGUGAAAAGAAACAGUCAGGUUUAUUCAAACCCUGCGCGUCAGUGCGCCUAGCUUAUUGAGACUGGUAUUAAGGUUAGCAGCAGAGCAGGUAAACAGAGGUGGACUCACUGAGCUGAGCUGGUGGAUGUUUUCUGUCUCUCUCUGCUUACAGCGCGCAGUGUGCUGGACCUGACAGAGCAGAAUGGAUCCACGGAAAGUGGCAGAAUUGAAGGCCUUUGUGCAGCUGUGCGAGACAAACCCAGAGAUCCUGCACCUGCCAGAGCUGGGCUUCCUCCGUACCUGGCUGCAGGAGUGAGUACACAACAGACCACAUGGCUGCUGCUCCUAACCAAGAGGACAACUAAAGCAUUCGAUCACCUGCUUUGAUAUGAGGAAUUAUUAUUACAGAGGUCCCUUUGACACUUGGUUGCCAGUGUUUGACACGGGCUCACCACGUGCCUAGUCCCUCCCACCCUCACACAACCAUAGAGCCUUGUGCUCUGUGUGUGUGUUUGAGGGAAAUUGGACAAUUAUAGUUGCCACUCUAUUACAAAAUCAAUGAAAGCAUAAAGCAAUUACGGAAGUGUAAAUUAUGUCCAUUUAAUGUACAAUACUAAAUGCUGCACAUGAUAUAGAAAGCCCAAGGAUGUUUGGACAUUGUUUAAAUGAAUGAAGGAUGCAAUGGUAGGGAUGGGAAUCAAGAACUGGUUCAAUUCAUCGACAUCAUAUACAUUUUAUCUUAACGAUUCCCGUAACGAUUCCUUUCUUCUGGGUGCCAUGAAAAACGGUCUUGUGAGAGCCAGUCUACACGAACGAGAACAGAGACUAUGAGGGAAAAAACAUGCCGAAUGGUAAGAGAAGUAGGCAGAAACGAUCUAAAGUGUGGCUACUAAGAAAGACGACAAUGGGUUUUGUAUGGAAGUUUUGAGUUUGUGUACUGUGGACUAACUGAGGAGGUUAGCAUGAAAAAAAAAUUUAACCCAACCCAAAAAGCCUACAAAAAUUUGGCCACGACUCCGCCCCGCCUAGUAGUGUCCUCUCUCUGGGUUUCCAGAAUAUGGUCACCCUAAUUUGACUUAAUACCGACCAAAGUAAAUGCUGUACAUAUAGUUUGUCGUUUGAUUAUUUUUAGACUCUCACUGAAGGUGGCGUACAUUUUUUUUCUGUUAUCAGAAACUCCAUCAAAUUUUGAGUUAACAGCGAAAACCUAUAGUCUUUUUUUUUUAAAUCAAAGAAAGGCAUUGAUUAGGGAAUCGUUUAAGAAUUGAAUCGAUAAGCAGAAUCGUUAUGGCAUUGAUAUCGAUAGAAUCUUAUCAAUUCCCAUCCCUAUGCAAUGGACCAUCAGUCUCAUGGUUUGACUAAAUUGGAUUGAGUGAAGCUCAAGGGUUGAUCUAAUAGAAUUUGAAUUCGUUUUCAACUUAAGUUUGUUAAGCAAUGAUUCAGACUGCACACUUCAGGGCUCGGCAGAUCAUAUCUUCUGAAUCUUCACAGCAGGCUUUCCUCAAACAUUAUUCACCAUAAACCUUAUUCAACAAAAAUUGAGUUAUCAUUUCAGUAUGGAGCUUAGAAGAAAUCUUUCAGACACUUGCGCCAUGCAGUGCAACCACAUGUGCACCAUGAGUCAUGUAGUGUCUCUGUACUGAUGACCUUGUGUCCCAGUGAAUUAAAUGCCAUCGUAAUCCCACUUUGCUCACUUUCUGAGAGUGUGACCAUGCAUAAUUAUUGUUGCUGCUCUUACUGCAACUGCAGUGUUUGUAUGAGUGAAGUGAAGCUUUGUCUCUGAGCAGGAGCAAAGAGGAAGAGGAUCAGCACAGUAAAUGUAUGUGUGUUUCUGUAAAAAGAAGCUUCUCAUUAAAUCCCUUCAUUCAUAAAGGUUUGCAAGACACAUUGGGAGGACAUUUUUGAUGCAGACUGUGAAGGUGCCACGCUGCUGCCACUCAUGUAUUCUAGUUGCAUCUGAAGGAGACUCUAAUGAUGAUCAUUAUUUAUAUUGCUAAAUGCCUCCCCUCUUUCCCAUACUGAGUGUGCAGGGGUGUGGUCAGCACAGGCAAACAGAAAGGCAUCUUUGUAAUGCUCAUACUUGUUUGAAGUGCUGUAAGAAGCAACAAAAACUAGUUGCAUCUUGUUAUUGAAUAUGUUGAUGAUAAAUUUUCCAUCACUCUGUGGAUUACAUGCAAUCCAAUUGCAGUCCAAAUGGAUCACCGACCAACUAUGAUCCAUAAAUUACACCCCUGAAACAGUUCGAGUUAGUUUAGACACAGAGAUAAAUAUAAAUGAGUUAUUGCAAAAAGUUACAUAAAACAGCUGAGGAAAAGGAAAAUAGCUCUUCAAUAAACUUGAGUUUAAGAGGUAAAAUUCAAGCCCCUGUGAGGAAUUCUCUUUUUGUGUUGGGUUUGGCACCCCCUGUUGACAAAGUGGUACCACGUCUGGUUUUGUCCUUUUACAUCUUUUAGCAGGGGUUUCUUUCAAAGCACUCAUAACAAUAAAGUUCAUUUCUCACUGGGAAUAUUUAAUGUGGAAAGGAAAAAAAACCCUUUUUCCGGUGAGUCAUCUGGUCUGAAAAUCUGCUCCCUCAAAACAGUAACAAGCAUUAAAUAUACCAAAAGAAAUGUUCAGUCUUCUUAUGAAUGGUCUUUCUGCUUCUGUAGGUUAUGAAAAGGCACAUUUAGAACAAUUUCAGUGCGUUUCAUACAUUGUAACCAUGUGGAAAAUUCUGAUCGGAGCUUUAAACAUGUAAAACAGUGUUUAACUGGCAGAUAGGAGCUGAAUUAUAGAGAUGCAUUUGUUGCCUACUGAAUAUCUUCUCUAUCAUUUUAUUUUGCAGAAUGGGGGCUUCAAUUCCUUCACCAUCUAAGACAAAGGACUCAUGCCAGGUGAGAGGAAUGAUAAUAAUUCUAAUAAUGUAUUGAUUACGCGAUGUAAAAUGAUUCUUUUUGAUUAGACUUCCAGGUUGCUUUGAUGAGUUGCCUGCGAGUCCUCACACUUGUCACGUUGUGUUGUCUUACAUUGUUGUCUUCAGGGCGGCUGUCCUUGUGGUCCUCCUCCCACAUCAGCAUCAGCACCAGCGCCUGAGCCCGAGCCCGAGCCCCCUGUGCUGUCUGAGAGUGAAGAGAGUGAAAUAGGUAAUUAAUGUCCAUCUCAGCCCUGAACACAAAGUUUGUGAAAUCACAGACUCGGACUCUGGAGGUGUUACUCAAUAGCCUGGCUGGGCCAUCCAGUUGCGUGAAUCACUUGCCGUUCCUUCCCCCAUGUUGUGGGAAGGAACGGCAAGUGAUUCACGCAACUGGAUGGCCCAACCAGGCUAGUCACUCAAGGACAAAGUGGUUUAACUGUCUCCUUUGUGAGAACUUCACAUUGUGUUCAUCAAUGUACAGCUUUUAUGCAGCAGCGUAGCUCUCUCUAGUAUCUUCAGCUGUUGCCAUCCUGCCAUUGGGUAGCUGAGCCCACAAUAUCAAUCAAUCAAUCAAUUAAUCAAAUAAAAUUUAUAUCGCCCCAAAUCACAACAGUCAUUAUCCCAAGACACUUUCCAAAAAAAAGCAGGUCUAGACCACGCUCAUUGUUUGAUCAAUUACCAAGACCCAGCCAUCUCUAUACUGAUCACUAUUGGACAGGAUUUUGGAGCGCAUGAUGAGAUUAUAUCUUUGCGUCCUCAGAAAUCGACAAUGAAGGAGUGAUUGAGCCGGACACUAUUGACCCACAGGACAGUGGAGACACUGAAAACGCUGAGGUAAAAAACUCACAUUUCCUAUAUUUUCAACAAAUUAUAAAUUAUAAGAAUUUGUUAGAAAGUCUGAGUGUGUAAAUGUCCUCAGGUCACAGAUGAGAUGAUGGACCAGGCCAAUGAAAAGAAGAUGGAAGCCAUUAAUGCUUUAGGGGAAGGUAGGAGAAAGCUGAAAGUUACCAUGGGCAGUUUCUGUAGUUGUUUUCUGAUUCUUGAAAAACUCAUAAUGUAUCGAGAUCUUGUUCUUAAGCCCUGUUGGUUGUUUUGUCUCUUACAGGUGAUCUGCCUAAAGCUCUGGAACUUUUUACUGCAGCCAUCAAACUGAACCCCUGCUCAGCCAUCCUUUACGCUAAGAGAGCCAGGUGAGAGUCCUCGUGUGGUUCAUCAUCACAGAGCUGUGAAUAUUCAAUCUCUCACGACGACUGAAUAUUUCAGAGUGAAUCUGAAUUUUUGCAUCUGUUCUCUGCAAACUCCUCUGUCUGCCAUGACUGAGUGUAAUCUGCUCUUUUUGUGUGUGCUAGUGUCUUCAUCAAGAUGCAGAAACCAAACGCAGCCAUCAGAGACUGUGACAGAGCCAUCAGCAUCAACCCAGACUCUGCUCAGCCCUACAAGUGGAGGGGAAAAGCCCACAGGUACUUUAUAACGAGACACUUAUCCCCAAUUUCCACGACAUCCACAACGGUUACGAAAAGGCCGAAUCAGCCGAUCGUUAAUAUUGAUCGGAUCGGCGGACUCCGCAGUCGAUCACAAGAGUUCUAUUUUUUCUGGGCGCCGGAUCAUGCUGCAUAAAUUCAGCACAGAUUAGUCUGUGCUGGAAAGGAAGUCAGGCACAGACACAAGAUAAAAGAUCUGGCUUCUUUUCAAAAUAAAACACCAUGUGUUUCAGGCGGAUCGUAUUUCAAACCAUGCAAACAGGCGGGGAUGAAAAAGUGACAGGUUUUUAGACAGUAUUUCACCCCGAUGACAACAUGGAUGAGGAGAUCUUGAUUCUAGAGGUGGAUUUCCUCAAUCUACUGCUUAUAUGGUUAUGUGGCUGUCUUUAUAGAGACAACUCAUUUUGGGCGAUUGCACAUGAAUCUGUGGGUUUUUGUGAGUUCUCGCGAUUCCCGCUGUUUGUAAUCCGCUACGGAGUUCGUCUCACAAAUGGAUCCAGUAGGAAUUGGCGGACAGUGAAAAUUGCAGCUGUUUUGGAUCGGAGCUGUUCCAGAUGCGGUGGAAAUUGGGGGUUACACUACAGAGAUCUGCUCCAGGAGGUUACUUACCACCACCCUCAGCAUGAACAGUUGCACACCUUAUCUUGGUCAAAAAGCAGCAUUUUACUUGUUUCCAGAGCACUUCAAGUAAAAGCUUUUGUUGACAUUUUAACAAUUUCACAGUGAGUGGAAGGUAAGCCAAGUCAAAGGGGGAAGGGGGAAGGAUGAGACGUCCUUUUAGAUCUUCUAAUCACACGUGUCCAGGGCAGGAUCAAUGAAGAUAUGAGUGGUACUGCUUUCUCCACAGGUGGCACCAAAAUCAAGAUCUGUGUGCAGCUUGGUGAAAAAUCUGUGAGCCCUCUAGAGUUUUCUGUGCAUGAGGCAAGACUCCCUUCUCACACCCACAGUAUGAAGGGUCUGAAAUGUUCACAUGCACAUGUGAAUGAAAAUCAUGCCACUCUGGAGCUGUCACACAGCCAACACUCUUCUCUAUUAAGCGUCCAAGGGUAGAGUCUGCAGAGAUGCAAGCAAGGGUAGAGUUGAGUGUGCUAAACUUGGACUGCUCAGUGGAAACGUAAGAUAAGAGUCAAACAAGUCAAGACAUGUAUCUUAGUUGAGAUGAGUAUAGCUUUUAGAAUGGCUGAAGUCUACAGAAAAACAUGUAUGCCUUUGAGUUCAGGCUCAAGAUUCUGAUUCUACAGCUGCUGACAUAUCUAAAUAUCUCAUUUGUUCAGUUUGAUAACACACCACUAGAAAGGAAUCUCCAUGAUUCGUACACCUGACCUGCGACUCACCUUUUUGAUGUCCUGUGUGUCCCCCCUGCAGGCUGCUGGGUCACUGGGAGGAAGCAGCCAAGGACUUGGCCACAGCCUGUAAACUGGACUACGACGAGGACACCAGUGCCAUGCUGAAGGAGGUCCAGCCGAAGGUAAAGUAUAGGAAUAACAAUAGCUGCCUUAGAUGAUGUGUUUUCUAAAUACUCUAGGUUAGUCUUUAUCAGAUGAACUUGAGCUUGAUGUUUGGCUUUUUUUCAGUGUAUCUGUAAUCCUUAUGCAGAGAAACCCUUAAAUCAGAGUAGACCUCCCUGAUGGCUCCAGAUGGCAGAGAAAAAUGAUGCUUCAGGCUGUGAGAAUCCAGAGCAUAAUUUUUGUGACAGUUCCUUUUCGGUUGCAGGCAAACAAAAUCUCAGAGCACAGACGUAAAUAUGAGCGCAAGAGAGAGGAGAAGGAGAUCAGAGAGAGGCAGGAGCGGAUAAAGAAAGCCAGAGAGGAGCACGCCCGGGCUCAGAGGGUGAGGAUUUCCUGUUCCAAACAUAUUCACUGAAACAGCUCAAGACUUUAUCUCCAUGAAAAACCUCUUUCUAUGAAAAAGUUUCCACAUGACACUAAACAAGAAACUUCCUAAACAAUGCUUUGAUAAUAAACAAUACUUUUCUUAUGUGUGGAAGCAGGAGGAGGAAGCUCGACAGUGUGGAGGAGGAUUCUUCCCAGGUAAGCCUGAAGCUGGUGGGAGGAACCCCUUACAUGUUGGUAUCAGGGAUGCCAACAGCUGUCCUGAUUUCCGACAUGCUGCUGAGUUCCAUCCCUGCUUUACAAUACCAUUAAGAUUUGUCGUAUUUGUCCCUUAGGCCCUGCUGGAUUCCCUGGAGGCGCCCCUGCUGGCAUGCCUGGUCUCGGUGACUUCCUAAAGGAUCCUGAGUUGCUCAACGCCAUGAAGGUGACACACCUGCUCAGUGUUUGUCUGCCCAAACCCGCUCUUUCCUAUUCUAUGUCAAGUGUCUUACUUUCUAACUGCAGGUGAAGUUGACCUGAUUUUUCGAGUCAGGCCCAUAGACUGUAUAUAUAGAAUGGACGCCGUCUGCCUCCUCACUGGGUGAAGCAACUCUGAGAACAGCACCCUCUGGUGACAGGCUGCAGUAGUGCUGGGCGAUUGGACGAUAUAUAUCGUUGGCACGAUAGAAAAUGUCUAUCGUGCCAUUUUUAUUCUUAUCGUUUCGGGCGAUAGGUUGUAUUUAAUCCAUAGAGCUUGUGCCAUCAGAUGAUUCAUAGUAACAACAACAAUAAUUGCACAUUCAGUAAGUGUAUUUGGUGUCGAACGGGAAAGAAAACAAUAUUUUCUUACAAAGAAAAGAAUGCGUUGACAUGUAGGCUCGCAUUUCUCUUUCGAUUUUGCGACAUGACGCCGCUUUACGUGCCCUCUUUAUGUCCAGCGCCUCCCGCCGUUGCGGGUUACCUGGGUUACACACGUGAGGGGAUCAUUGUAAGCAGUGCUUAAUUUGUGCCGGAGCAAGUCGGAGCGCGAUCCGGGACCUCUUUUGAUCGGAUCUGGGACCUAUUUCAGCCGCUCCGGCACCUGUUUCAUCUGCUCCGGGACCUUCCCUGUGGAGGAUGACUUUUUUCGGGAAUUCCCGUGGGUCACGUGAUUCCCGCGGGAUGGGAGUCAUUUUUUUUAUUAAUCUCUUGAUCGGGACGGGACGGGAAAAAAAGCAACGGGAGUGGGCAGGAGCGGGAACAACAUGAAAAGAUGAUCUUUUUCAGCCGUGUUUAACAACCAGAUGAACAGGUGCGUCCAUUUUUGUAGUCAUCUCUCAGUGAGAGUAAACACUCUUGACCGCGCUAGCAACACAAAAGAACUACAACAGCGGUUUGACUUCCUGUCAGCUGGGAGCGCGGCUGCGCAUUUGUACCCUUCAAGCCAGCAGCGAGGAAACGUAAUUUUGUGACAUUCUGUAGUUUUUCAAUCAUUUCUGGAGUCGUGGCGAAUCAAAUCACCUUACCUGUCUGCCCCUGAUAGGCGAAUAAAGCGCUCGGAUUCAUGCUCGGGUCUUGCUACGUGCUUCAAGAGUAAAGUAAACAAUGAUGGAGGCAGAGAGCAGCUUUGGAGGAGAAACAUCCAGCAGUGUGAACAACCUCUUCAGAAGAGCCCUAAAGACCUACCUUUUUAAUAAAGCCUUUGGUUAGUUUUCCUCUAUGCUUUAUGCUUUUACUACCUUGCCUCUUACAUUGCAACUCUAUAUAUUUUAUUUUUUUUAAAUUCUUUUUUAUGCUAAUCUGUGACUGUCAUUCUAUUGCUUUUUUUAUUGUUGCUGCUCUUUUUUUACUGUGUACUGUAGCACUUUGAGAUUUUUUUGUAAAUGUAAAGUGCAUUACAAAUUAAAUUUAUUAUUAUUAUUAUUAUGGAGUGCUUCGGCUCACACUAUCAGCGUUUUCUGUAAGUGUUACAUAACUUUGGGUGAGCACAGACAUGAAUGCACUUCAGCCACGUAUUUGUUUAUUCAUUUUUCUAGUUUUAAGUGCUGGUCUUGUACUGGUACUGUACUAGUGCAGCUGUAUACACUUAAAUUUUUCAUAGAACUGAAAGCAUACCAUAGCUAUAUCGUGAUAUAAAAUGAUCCAUAUCGUGAUAUACAUUUUUUUCCAUAUCGCCCAGCACUAGGCUGCAGUAUAGGUCAUAAAUCCCACCUUCUCCAGCAAUCCCUAUGGAGCUGUUGACAAAUUUUAGAAAUUUAUUACACGUAAAAUAAUGUUGAUCCCUGCUUGCGAUGUUGACAUGUGGUUACUGUAAUACUGGUUUGUGCUCAAGUCCUCUUUUUUCUGUACAGCUCCAUUUUUAAAUGUUACGAGGGGGUUCAAGUUUUCCAUGAUUGACACUUGAUACAGCCUAUGGGCGUACGAAGAUUGCGUAGCUCACCCGGGGGAUACGCUGUUUGAGCCAAGCGUCAUCACAGCGGCUCCCGGCGACUCUCCCGCUGAAUGCGAACAACGCUACUGCGCAAUGUUGGUUUCAGGAAAUGGAGAAAAAUCGUGGAAAUACCAAGAGCUUUUCGGCAUCAAAUCUUUAUACUGGCAGAAGGCGGAACCAAGUUGUCCAUAGUUUAUACAGUCUAUGGUCAGGCCUGAUGGAGUAUCAUUUUCUGUGUUUAGAGAUAUAGAUCCGAUCACAACCGAUCAGCUACUCCUGAGCAGUCAGAUGAAUUUCUGGCGUGUUAGAAGUUUUGGUGGGAUAACUGCAGCCUCUGAUACAGUGAAAGCAGAACCAAAAGCUCAUCCCCCAACAUUAGGGCAAUUAUUGCGCCUCCACAAAUGAUGGACAUUGUCUGAUCACCAUGGCAACAUACUGUGUGGUCUGAGCUGAAACACAGAGAUAAUCACUAAACAGCUUUACCAGUGUCACAACUUGUGUGAUGUGUUUUAACACAACAGCUCCAUCAUCAUUUUUACUUUCAUCAAACAUGUUCAGUUUUUGUUAUCAUGUCAGGAAGGUGACCUGAACAUAGAUUGAGAGCUUCAGUCACACAUAGUAAAUCAUUAAUGCACUCACAGUUCAUUUUUCUCCGGGAUACAUAUUCAGGUGUUUGUGUCCUCUGAAAAUAUCAGUCACAGCUAAGGUGUGAACAACAUUUCUGCGUGUUUUCACUGCUUUACUCUGGUGUAGGAAACCUGUUUUCAAUCAUGUUCCUUUGAGUCAUUUACUGCCUUUUCAUCCUCUCUUCUUGAAAUUGCAUUGUGUUGGUGAAGGUGACCCUGUUUGUUUCGUUUUUAACUCCAGGACCCCGAGGUGAUGGCCGCUUUCCAGGAUGUGGCUCAGAACCCAGCUAACAUCGCCAAGUACCAGAACAACCCCAAAAUCAUGGCUCUGGUCACCAAGCUGAGCUCCAAAUUUGGAGCCGCACCUCAGCCGUAGACGGGAAAAAAAAAGACCAAAGUGAGGAUGUAGUGUGUCGAGCCGGAGAGCCACGAUGCUGUUCAACAAUUUUUCCACUGUGUGCAGAUCAAACAGGGAGCGGGUGACGGCUUAAAUUGGUGUGAUAUAGAGAAAGUGGAUCAACUUUUUUAAAUGUUUAAAUCAGCCUGUUAGCAUUUAGCAAAGUCUCAGUCAGAUCUCCUCCUGACACGUCUCAGCCUGGACUUCACUUCUCCGCAGGGUGGCAUUUCCUAACCUGAACCUGGAUCAGCUGAACUGGGAGCUUUUACACGUUUAAAACCUGGUUAUGGUUUAGCUAACAAUCUGUUUUGUUUCUCCCAACAGAGUCGAACUCUCUCACACACAACUGUUGGUACUUUUUGUUAACAAAUCAAAUAUUAUUAUAACAGAAAAAAAAAGAAUUCUGAUCUUGAUGUCUGAUCCUGUUGCAAAAAUGAUUCACAAAAAUAAAACCUCUGUUGCUGCAAAAAAAAAA